GUACAUGUAAAUCCUGCCCUAUAUUAUCUUUAUUGCGAUAGGCCUCACAGUGAAGAAAAAAAAAGGCAGCAAUCCCUCUGCUAAAAGGCAAAAGGGGUGAAAAUUAUAUAAAAAUAAAAAUAAAAAACAAGAAAAAGACCAGCCCAUUUCUCCUCUUCAUGUCUUGUGCCCCCUUUCUUCUCUUUAUUAAUGCUCUAUAUAACUCAUCACAAGGAGAAAGAAAGUGAAAGGCUUUGUCUGGCUUUAUUUUAUUUUAUAGAGAGGGAAAGUAGUAGUUGAGUGUGUAAAAUGAGUGAGCUAGGUGAUGGGCUCGGGUUGAGCCUCAGCUUGAGAUGCCCGGAAAAUAAUAAUCCCGACCACCCACCGCCGCCGGCAGCCGCCUCUUUCCCGCUCAACCUCUUCCGGUCGCCGCUGCCUUUCGUUCCUCAGCACAAAACACCUGAUCUUUUUGGAGGGCCCACCAGAUCGUUUUACAGGGGGAUCGACGUCAUCGCGGCGGCGCCGGGGGGCUGCGACGAGGAGGUCAUGGUGUCGUCCCCGAACAGCACGGUGUCGAGCCUGAGCGGGAAGAGGAACGAGAGGGAGGAGAGCUCGCCGGAGAUCGACGACGACGGCGGCGGGGACGCGGCUGCCGGGAUGAAGAAGCUCCGACUGUCCAGGGAGCAGGCGGCGGUGCUGGAAAGCACAUUCCGGGAGCACCACACCCUGAAUCCGAAGCAAAAAAUGGCGAUAGCGAAGAGGCUGAAUCUGAGGCCAAGGCAGGUGGAGGUGUGGUUUCAGAACAGAAGGGCGAGGACAAAGCUGAAGCAAACCGAGGUGGACUGCGAGUAUCUGAAGCGUUGGUGUGAGAAUCUAACGGUGGAAAAUCAACGGCUGCAAAAGGAGGUAUCGGAGCUUAAGGCACUCAAGCUAUCGGCCCCUCGAUUUUACAUGAAUAUGAGCCCCCCAACAACCCUCAUCAUGUGCACUAAAUGUGAGCGUGUAUCAGCUCGUAAAUCAUAAUUUCUUCUUCUUUUUUUGGGGGAGAUUUUAGUUGAAAAAAAAAAAUAUGUGAUGUGANCUUUUUUUUUUUCCCUAGUUUGUUUAUUGAUGGAUUUGUGAUGCUAAGGGGAGGAGAAAAGAAAAGUUGGCUCCUUUUUAAUGUUGGAGAUUAAGGGGUGACAUUCUAAGUUUCUAACCAUUGGAUAAAAGUUUUUUGUUUUGUGAAGGAGGUGAAUUUUUGUUCCUCAUUUUCUCCAUGAAGAGGGUUGUUA